GUUUUCCAGCAGGGGGACCGCUAUUUUUGCCAGAUCAAAAAGGGGCUAAAUUCAAAAAAAUACAUAACCGAUGCGAAUAAAACACAGCGGCUCCGGGCUAACAACCACCACCUGCGGCGGCGAGCGCCGGCGAAUUCAGUAACUGAAGGCUGUGCGGCGCCGUUUAAUCCUCCUCUUAUCCGUUGACAGCUGCUACUCCGAGAAUCUGGAGAGGUGGAGAGGUAUCGGUGAAAACCCAUUCUUGAGAUGAAUUUUAUCAAACAGCUGGUGCACAUCAAGCAUGGGAUAAGAGCUGCAAAGAAUUCAUCAUGUAAAGCAGCGAGCUUGUGCCUUUUCCGUUCACUUUACCAUAGUUCAGUGGAAGUUAAUUCCGAAGAGCAGGAAGUUGUAAUUGCUUUGGGAAGUAAUGUGGGCGACAGGCUUAAUAAUUUCGAAGACGCCUUAAACCGUAUGAAGAAAGCAGGUAUAUUAAUCUCAAGGCAUGGCUGCCUAUACGAAACCGAACCUGCUUACGUAACAGACCAGCCCCACUUCCUCAAUUCCGCUGUAAGAGCAACAACAAAACUCGAACCACACAAACUGUUGGAAACUCUGAAGGAAAUCGAGAGGGACUUGGGGCGUACAGCUGGCAUAAGGUACGGUCCCAGACCAAUCGACCUAGACAUUCUGUUCUACGGGAGUCAAACGGUCAACACCGACACCCUCGUUAUUCCACACGAGAGAAUCUGGGAGAGGCCUUUUGUGAUGGGCCCGUUAAUCGAUCUGUUGGGAACCGACCCAGAUAAUGACACGACUAAAUCUUGGCAUCUGCUUUCGAGAAAUUCAGGUGGGAUUUUCGAGGCGUGGCAGAAAUUGGGCGGCGAAUCACUCAUCGGAAAAGAUGGGAUGAAAAGAGUAUUGCCUGUUGGAAAUCGGCUGUGGAAUUGGUCCACUAGAGCCUCUGUAAUGGGUAUUUUGAACGUGACCCCCGAUAGUUUUAGUGACGGGGGUGAAUUUAUAUCCGUUGGAUCGGCUGUUUCGAGGGUUCGAUCUAUGGUUACAGAAGGUGCUGAUAUAAUCGAUUUAGGUGCACAGUCGACUAGACCAAUGGCAGCGAAGCUAUCCCCCGAGCAAGAAUUGGACAGGCUAAUACCUGUCUUGGAGGCUGUAAUAAACAUGCCUGAAAUGGAGGGAAAGCUAAUAUCGGUCGACACUUUUUACUCGCAAGUUGCUUUAGAAGCAAUCAAGAAAGGUGCCCAUCUUAUCAACGAUGUGUCUGCUGGACAAUUGGACUCGAAUAUGCACAACGUAAUUGCGGGUUUAAAAAUUCCAUAUAUUGCUAUGCAUAUGAGGGGCGAUCCAUCCACAAUGCAGAAUGACGAGAACCUAGUGUACGAUGAUGUUUGUAAGGAUGUCGGGUCUGAGCUGUACACGCGCGUUAGAGAUGCUGAGCUGGCGGGUGUUCCUGCAUGGAGGAUGAUUUUGGAUCCUGGGAUUGGGUUCUCGAAGAGUACGAAGCAUAAUUUGGACAUUCUUGCGGGAUUGCCAGGUGUACGGUCGGAGAUUGGUCGGAAGAGCUUGGCAUUGUCUCGUGCGCCUUUACUGAUAGGGCCUUCGAGGAAGAGAUUCUUGGGCGAGAUUUGUGGGCAGACGGAUGCAGCUCGAAGAGAUGCGGCGACUGUGGCUUGUGUGACAGCUGGCGUUUUGGGGGGCGCGGAUAUUGUGAGGGUGCACAAUGUGGGAGUUAAUCGAGAUGCUUUGAGAAUCUGUGACGCAAUGCUGCAAAGGAGACGGAAAUUUUAGGUGAUGAAUAUUUUUUUGAAUUUUGUUGUUUUGUUUUGUCUUUGUGUCUUUGUAAUUUUGUUUGUUACGACUAGGAGUGGAAAUUGGAACGGGAUUUCCAAAUAUUUCCAAUUUUGGAACAAUAUAUAUUUUAUUCCGACUUUUCCGAUUUCUUUGAAAUGGAAUUGCAAUACAUAUUAGAUUCUGAUUUCCGAUCCAAUUUAUUAUCGAAAAUUACAAAUGUAAUAUUAAAUUUUGAACCGGAUUUGUUUUGGAAAUUUCAAACUACGCCGAAUGGUAACCGGAUUUUUAUUUUAUUUUGGAA